AUGCCAGCUCUACCAUUCCCUCAAAAGAUGAAGCGGGAAAAACUUGACAAAUAUUUUGGGCGGUUCAUGGAGAUGCUCAAGAAACUUUAUGUGAACAUUCCGUUUACAGAGGUACUCACUCAGAUGUCGGCUUAUGCAAAGUUCUUGAGGGAAAUCCUGUCUAGCAAGAGGAAAUUAGAGGAGACAACAGUGGCCAAGCUGAAUGCGCACUGCAGUGCCAUAUUGCAAAAUAAAAUUCUCCAAAAGUGUGGGGACCUAGAAAGCUUCACCAUACCAUGCUCGUUGGGGAGUGAGAAAUUCGACAAGGCUCUCUUUGAUUCUAGUGCUUCAAUAAAUCUAAUGCCUUUGUCUGUGUUUAGGAAACUGGAAGGUGAGCUCGAAGUGAUCAAAUCAAUACCAGUGUACCUACAAAUGGCUAACCAGACCACCAUUUUCCCUGAGGGAAUCAUUGAGGAUAUUCUAGUACGGGUGGAUAAAGCUAUCCUUGAUAUCUAUGAGGGGAAACUUGAUCUUAGAGUGGGCAAUGAGCAAAUAGCGUUCCGGAUAAAGAGGAUGAUGAAAUAUCGCAGUGAUGAGGCAUCGGCCUACUCAUGUUUCAAGCUAGAUGUUGUAGGAGAAUCUGCUGAAAAAUACAAGUUUGACAAGCUUGUGGGGGAUACUUUAGAGAGGUACACAGGAGCAAAAGCUGGUGGAGCUACUGAGAAAGUACAAAAGGCCAUUGGCUGGACCACGGUUAAUAUUCAAGGAAUCAGUCCAGCCAUUUGCAUGCUCAAAAUCCUACUGGAAGAAAAUAGUAAGCCAGUGGUGCAGCCCCAACGCAAGCUGAAUAAAAAUCUGGAGGAGCGGAUUAGUCCAGUACAAAUUUUACCUAAGAAUGUAAAUAUGAUAGUGGUAAAGAUUGAAGACAAUGAAUUGAUCCCCACGAGAACAGUCACUGGGUGUAGAAUGUGCAUUGAUUAUAGAAUGCUGAAUGAUGCAGCAAGGAAAGACCACUUCCCACUUCCCUUCAUUGAUCAGAUGCUCGAGAAAGUGGCUGGACAUGGAUGUUACCAUUUCUUGGAUGGGUACUCAGUCUGUAAUCAGAUACCCAUUUCCCUAGAAGAUGUUGAGAAGAUUACAUUCACUUGCCUAUCGGGUAUUUUUGCUUAUAAGAGGAUGCCAUUUGGGUUCUGUAAUGCACUGACCACUUUUCAGAGGUGCAUGAUAUCUAUAUUCUCCGAUCUAAACAGGAAGUGUCUAGAGAAUUUGGAGCUUAUGCUUGAACGUUACGAAGCCACUCACCUGGUUCUUAACUGGGAGAAGUGCCACUUCAUGGUGAAAGAAGGAGUUGUCCUGGGCUACAAAGUGACUACACAUGGCAUUGAAGUUGAUAGAGACAAGGUUGGUGUAAUUGCUAGGCUCCUUCCACCGACUUCUGUGAAGAGCAUAAGGAGUUUCUUGGGAUAUGCUGGGUUCUAUAGAAGAUUUAUUAAAACUUUUCCAGCAUUACCAAGUCAUUGA